UGAUUGCAUUUUCUUGCACAUUGGAAUGUCAAAUACGCCCUUUUCGUUUUCAUUAUCAGUAAUCCUACGCCUACACGUUCUUCUAUUAAGUACACUUUGUCCCUUUAAAUGGAGCACGUGGUUAGCUAAAGUUGACUUUCGUUUUGUUGAUCCCAGGGCCUCCUCCAUGCACCGCGUCCACGCCGCUCCGCCUCACAAACAAAGGAACGCCGAAGAUUGAACAUUCAUACCGCACUGCAGACAAUCAGCUGAGCACGUCUUGUACAACAUUCGCUGUUACAACGCUCCUGAGAAAGGAGUGAAAGCCAGAGCUAUAUCAAGACUAGGAAACAUAUACAUGCUGCCAUUUUGCGAGAGGUGAAGCAGCAUUGGAGAGGUUCAGGAGUUUUUAACGGUGUAAGAGAGUACAGAUAUCAGAGAUCAAGGCAAAAUGGCUGACACAUCCGCGGCUGCCGGUGGAGAUGCAGGUGGAGAGCCCGUGAAGCGAGGGCGGGGAAGACCCCGCAAACCCAAGCAGGCCGUCGAGGAAUCGGAUGAACCCAAAGAGAAGAGGCCACGAGGCAGACCCAAGGGAAGUGGAACCAAGUCACCCAAGAAAACCCAACCUCAGGCAGAUACCAGUGGUGCCAAGCGAGGACGAGGAAGACCAAGGAAACGACCAGUAGAGGAACCAGUGGAAGAAGAGGAGGAAGAGGAAGAGGAAGCCGUAGCUGAAGAUGACGAGUAAAGAGGAGGAGGACCAUCCAUCAGAUGAAGGGAGAGAACAGUGGUCUCUGAAGAGUCUUUAUCCAUCCAUCCCAUCCCAUCUCCUCCCCAAGGAUGGUAUCAUCAUUGCCACCACAGCAACCCUACAAAACAUGCAUAGAUGAAGACGAAACAUGAGAGCUUUUUUACAAUAAAUAAAUCGUCAUUGCCUUUGCAACAAUCAUAGGAAAUAACCCUUAUUGGUUAAUAAAAAAUUAAAAAAACAAAUCCUUGUACGAUGUGUUCACUGGAUGUAAAACUUCACUGAGCUUGUACAGUGUACAUGCGUGUAUAUAAUUUUACUUGUAUACAACUUGCCUUAAUCAAAAUUUGGAUAGGUACCCAUAAUGCACUGCAGGAUACAUCGGUCUCGUUCCAGACAUAAUGAUAGAUAAUGCUGUACUGCUUUGAACCGAUGUGUCAUUCAGAGUUGGUUCUCCUUAGUUCCACAAAUUUUAAUGAAAGAUCUGAUAAUUGCAAGAAUUGAUAUUUGAUAAUCAUUAAAUUCAAAAGAAUUCAAUAAAAUUGUACAUUUUAGCAUUGCCUGCACCUUGUUAAUCAGACGUCUGUGACUCCAGUGGAAGGUAAACAAAUGCUCUUGUACAUUGGUCAGACAGGAUAUUGGAUCUGUAUGAAAUUUUGAACAUUUAAUCACAAUGUACACUGUAUCUAUUGCAAUGACAAUGAAAGGCUGGCUUAUAUCAGUAUUCUAGUAAUCAUUUGACAGAGUUUCAAGAAAUUGGAGGAAAAAAUUUCUCUUUCAUAAGACCAUUGAUUUUCAUAACACAAAUUGUAACAUAAUCUUGUAUAUGUAUUCUCCAUUUCAAUUGUGAUUUUGUACAUUACACGUUUGUUUGUGACAGACAUUAAGUUAACAAUUUAUAUUUUUGUUUGAUAGUUAGUGUGUUUUUUAUAUAUAUUUACCACAAUUAAAAAAACAAUGUUGUCCAGAAAAAAAUGAUUACUCUGUAUGUUGCAAACACUUCAAAAUAUUGUCUCAUUUUGUCAUCAACAAAUACUGUUACUUUUAUCAGCUUGUAAUAUGUCCAUUAUGAUUUGUUACGAUUGUUUCUAGUGAGGGUGUGCACCGGUUUGUAUUUUUCCAAAAAGGAUGAAAACAUCUUGACACUAAACUGGUAAUAAUAGGGACAUGUGUUACUGCGCUUUAUUACGGUUUAUGUGAGUGCAGGAUGGUCAAUGUCUUAUGUCAUUCCUAAAACCUCAAAGGAAAAAAGGAACAAAUAUUUCAGGAAGGUUUGCAGCAGAAAAAGGAAAGAAAUACACAAAUAUAUAUUCAAUAAUAUGGUCCUGCUGCUGUAGAGAAUAUGUAAGGUAUGAAAGUCCAUUGAAUUAACGCUCUUUCCCAUUAAUUUGCACCAAUGUCUUCUUGAAUACCUGGUGUUGUCAUUUACAUCUUUGUGUUUCUGUACAUAUAGAGGAGGAAAAUACACGAUACACACCAAUAACCUAGCUGUUCAAAGAUUGCUUAUUUUCCUUAAAGUUGGAUUGCACAGCAAAAGUUAGCAGAUUGCAUACUGAUACGCUAAAACCAGUGUCUCAAAUAUAUGUCGGAAACAAAAACCUUGUGAAAUUGAGUAAAGUGCUUUAAUUUGAGUCAUUUUACCCGUACACAAGAAAAAAUAUAUUCUUAAAUCAUCAGAAGCUCUUUCACAAGUUUCACCAAUCAUAAUAUACUCUUGCUAUUUUGUGGUAGUGUUCACACAUUAUUUGGUCUUUGUUCAGUUUCUGUUGUGAAUUUUAAAGAAAAUGUAAUGUGAACAAGUCUACCUCACUUGAAUAGGGGUGCUCUGAGCAAACCUCAUGCUCGAUCAUGAAGAAAGAAAAUGCAAUAGUUCAUACAGAUUUAUUUUGAUGAAACCGAGACAACAGGGCCAAUUGACAUAUAAAAAAAUAGUGAGAAAUUGAAGGUGUUGUGCUUAACAGUUUCAUGGAGCAAGCAUUUGUUAUUAAAAAGAAAGCAACACGUGGUGUCAUGUAAGAAAAUAUCUUUUGUUCAUGUCAAGCAGAGGACAUCGACCUCAACACAAUAUCAAGGUUCAAAUUUGAAAUCAUCUGUCGGGUUGAAGUUUUGUGCGAUAUCGUGCGAUAUAUGAUGUAACAUAGCGGUUAUGCUGCAGUGUUGGUAAAUUUUAAACAGGUGUAAAGGUGUAGUGCUUCUAGUCUUAUGAAAUGCAUGCUGUCGAAAUAGGUAUCUUGUAUCAUAUUCACCCAUCGCCCUCCCUCAAAAUAAUUUCGACCCAUUACACCCGUAUCUUUUUAUUUUAAAGUCAGGGCCCAACACCACGUUCCAUUUGCUUUGCUUUGAUCUGAGAGAGGUUUCUGAUAGAACAAUGUGCUGUGUGACCACAAAGCAUUUGCACUUUUAGACAUCUUAUUUCGGCACUGGGUUCUAGUUCUCUUCAAAUGCAGUCGAGGGCAUUGGUAUCUUUUGUUGUACUGUAAAUGCGUUUUUCCAGAUUUAAAGUGUCAUUAUGCGGUUCCAUUUUCCAAACAUCCGUCUAUUGUUGAUACAAUCCUUGCUGUGUUUUUUUUGUCAUGAGUGGAUUGAAUAUGAUUAUGUUCAGUAUCAAAGCACCAUAAUGUCUGCUGGAGCGAAACAAGUUGAUGGUCCAUGAAUGGUAUCUUAGGUACAUCAUAGGUGGGAUGAUUCCUUCCUAUUCUAAUCAUAUUUGCUUGUCAUCUAAUGUAAUGUAAUCAAUGUUAAAACCAAAAAGUAUUAUUAAUGAAUAUAAAUAUAAUUAUUUUGUCAUGAAAUUGCCCUAAUUCAACUUCAUGUAUGUAUUGUUGGUUUGUUAACUUGUGUCACUGGGCUGUACAAGCAGCCAUGUAUUCAAAGCUUUUGCUAUGUGUGGUUGUAACAUACUUCUCACAAUGUUUGCUGAUGUAUGUCCGUCUCCAUUUUACUGUUUAUAGAUUUAAAACCAACUCAUCAUUUUGUCCUCAAAAAUAUAGAAAACCAAAACAGGAGAAAAAGGAAGAAGCAAUAAACAUUCGCUUGAUUUUCUUAAAAGUGUCUUGGCACUGCAUGAAGAAAGAUUUAAUAAAAAUUCCAUCAUUCUCUCUCUUUUUCCCAUUUAAUGAAGGAAAACACAGGCGUGUUAUUUUAGACCAAAAUAAAAUGGCCAUAAAACAGGGAUGCCAGUUUUCAGGCAAUAGCCUGAAUUCAGGCCCUGGCAAGUUAUUUUCUGACCAUAGUUUAGGCUUUUUUGUGUACAAAAUUGCUCAUUCUAGGUAAUUUUCAGGCCCUCCGAUCAAUUUUAACUGGCAUCCCUGCAUAAAACUCCUGAAUUGCAGUCUAAACCUCCGUACAUAUAUUCAAUCUGGUUAGUGCUCUAAUCUCAAUAGCAUUUAACAGAUCUCUGCCCAUUAGAAUUUAAAAAUGCAUGUAGGUUUGCAUGUAUAAGUGAGUGGCUUGUUACAUCAUAGUUUGAAAAGUUCAUGUAUGAAAGUUCAUUAAUAAAAGUGUUUUCUAUGCGUAGUGUGAUGUUUUGUAGCUUAGGAAUAGUUAACUUUUUUAAAAUAAUGAAUUGUUUGUGUACUAUAGUGCUUGUGAACAGCUUUUUACAUUUAAAUAUGUUUUGUGACAAUGCUAAUUUUUCAUGUUUUUAAAAAAUAAAUGUG